CUCCAAUGCAGCCUCCCAGGAAGAGACCUUUCAGAAAGACAAUUGCAUCCGAGGGUGACACCGUUAUUAUAUCGUUCGGCAAAAAUGACACAAUGAUAAUGAGGCUCUUGCGUGGUGACAUAACGCAGUUAAAGUUCGGUGCAUUGAAACAUAAUGAUGUGAUCGGCAAACCCUAUGGAAGUCGCAUUAAUACUUCUCGGGGACACGUCUAUCUCCUUGCUCUCGAUCCUGCACUCUGGUCAGCGUCACUUCCUCACCGGACGCAGAUAAUAUACCCAACUGACGCUAGUAUGAUCGUCGGGCGACUUGAUCUAGUACCCGGCUCCCGCGUCAUGGAAGCUGGCACAGGCAGUGGAGCUCUGACGCAUGCCCUGGCUCAAGCGGUCUGGCCAACAGGUUGCGUGCGAACUUUUGACUUUCACCAGGAGCGUGUAAACCGAGCCAGAGUUGAAUUUGAGCAACACGAAAUAGCCGAUAUCGUCCACGUAGAACAGCUCGAUGUCCUGACUGAGGGAUUUCCCACCGUCGGCAGUCCCUACAAUCCUGAGGGCGUGCACGCCGUGAUGAUCGACCUGCCUGAGCCCUGGGUAGUAAUCCCGCGUCUUUCCGAUUGCUUUACAACCUCAGGUGGACGUGUCUGUAUAUUCUCCCCCUGCAUUGAGCAAGUACAAAAGUCCUGCGAUGCCCUUCGCGCUUCUAAUUUUGCUGAUAUUGAAGUACUGGAGUGCGUACAGCGAACGUACGAUUUUGUUCACACCGUUCUCAACAAAUCGAAAGUAGAGCCCGCCGAGGUGCCUAGAGACGGUGAUCAGAUCGAGGAUGAGAAGAAGCCCAAGCCGUUCUUCGAUAGGCAUCUUUUUCCACCUCCUCCCAAGUACGUCACCUCAACUAGAAAUGCCGUUCGAGACGAAAGGUCAAAGGGCAUGCAGCAUGCAGAUGGUUCGUGGGAGGCCUAUCCGAAGGUGAGUGCUCUUUUUUUCUUUUACACAAACACAUUCGAAUCUAAGUUCCAACCUGCGUAA